AUGGGCCCCACGGCGAGGUUGAUACGGUUGUCGACGCCCUCCCGUAUUGUCCCAGGACUUGUCAAAGGACGAUACCUGGCGCGAAGGGCGUCAUCAACAUCACAGAACCCUAAUAAGGAAGCUCCCGUUGCCCACCACCACCGACCUCCGAGUCACCACCACCAUCACGUCACUUAUUCCGAGACCGACGAUGCUGUCCCGUGGCUUGCUAAACAGCCCCUACAUCGAUUGAGUCUGGCAGACUUGGUCAAACAUGGCCGACCACCCCUCAGCGCCGAAGCCCUCCUCUCCUCGGCGCGCUUCACCCUCUCCCUCCUCCCCAUUCGACUAGCCCAUAGGAUCCAAGCCCUCCGCAACCUCCCCUAUAUCGUGGUGUCCAACCCCAACAUCCGCAAAAUCUACAACAACUACCAACACUCACUCUCCACCCUCCUCCCCUGGCAAGGCCGCACAAUCUCUAACCUCGAAGACGAAAUCCGCUUCACUGAAGUCCUCGCCGAGCUAGUCCAAACCCACACCGACACCAUCCCCAUUCUCGCGCGGGGGUUCUUGGAGUGCAGGAAAUACAUCUCCCCCGGCGAGGUAACCCGCUUCCUCGACCAGCACCUCCGCGCCCGUAUCGGGACCAGGUUGGUAGCCGAGCAGCACAUCGCCUUGCAUUAUUCCUCCAGCCCGCACUUUGACCCACCCUCCUCCCCUACACCAUGCCCUGAAACCCCAGGGUACAUCGGGGUCAUUGACACGGCCCUCCGCCCGGCAUCAACAGUCGACUCGUGCGGCAGUUUUGUCGCCGACAUCUGCGAGCUCAAUUAUGGGGUGAGACCAGAAUGGUUCAUCAACGGCAGCCCCGAGACAACCUUUGCCUUUGUCCCCACGCACCUAGAGUAUAUCAUCACCGAGCUCCUCAAGAACGCUUUCCGGGCCACAGUCGAAAACGGUCAGAGUAAAUCCCCGGUGGAGAUCACCAUAGCUCCCGAGCCUCCUUCGUCCGUCACAACCCCCAUCACGCUCUCCCCACCGUCUGUCUCUUUGGGGGCGUUCAACAAAGACCAUAUCCAGCCCCUUGACGACAAUGCCCCCGGGGUGACGAUCAGAAUCCGGGAUCGGGGAGGUGGUAUCGGCCCAGAGGUGCUGCCGCACAUUUGGUCUUACAGCUUCACCACCUUUUCGGAGAAUGAGGACGAUCCCCCUGGGGCAUGGAGCGAUGACGCGCUGAGCGUGAUCUCGGCGGCGAGCAGCGGGGGGAGCUCGAUUGCUGGGCUGGGGUAUGGGCUGCCAUUGAGCAGGGCGUAUGCCGAGUAUUUUGGGGGUGGGAUCAAGGUGCAGAGUUUGCAUGGGUGGGGGACGGAUGUGUAUUUGAGGUUGAAGGGGGUGGGGAGGAUUGAGUAA